GAUGAUCCAAAAUUGGAUGGGUGGUUAGCUACAAUUUUUGAUCCUUGCUUUAAAACAUUAUUAACUAUAUCAUCUGCAAUGCAACAAAAGACAAUGCAAGAGCUAUAUAGAAGGAUUGAACUUUCUUAG